AAUACUAGCUGAGCUUCUGAAAACACCUUGUUUUCUCUUUUCUUUUUUUUCUUUUUUUUACGAUAAUUCUUUAUUGAAACUGAUUAAUAUGCAAAAAUUUAUCUUGAUAUUACUUUUGGCUCAUACGACGCGUAUCUGUCUCUCAAAAAACGUAGAAAACGGAUGCUCGACCAAAAAAUGCGACUGCAACGUUGUGUUUGAAAAAGAAACUUACUUACUUCGAGAAGACGAAAAAGAGACAGUGACAUUCAACUUGACCUGUGCCACGUCAAUAAAUAUCACUGAGAUUAAGAAAAAUCUGGAUUUAGAUCUGAAAAACAGCAGUUUAUAUUGUGUUAAAAAUUGGACGAUAAUAGAUGAAAAUAUUGAAACCGGAAUAACCGGUCUUAUUGAAAUUAAACCUUUGGUUACCGGUGUUGGUAAACUUGAGAUUUCAUCUGGGAAUAAUGAAUGUAUAGUUAAAAAGAUACUAGACUUAAAAAUACUAAGGCGUGAUACUUUGAUGAGUGUAUACUAUCCCGCAUUGGUAGGAACUCUUGCAACAGUUGUUAAUGUUGCAUUUGGAUGCGCCCUUGAUCCCCGAGUCAUCUUAAAGAUUGUAAAAAAGCCUAUAGCUCCAUGCUUAGGCUUUGCUUGUCAAUUUUUAAUUAUGGGCCCGCUCGCUGCUCUAAUGGCUAAAAUAGCGAACAUCGAUCCUCUAUACGGUUUGGGCCUUGUAGCAAUUGGUUCGUCUCCAGGCGGUGGUGGAAGUAACUUUUGUGCUGCUUUACUAGACGGAGAUCUAGAAUUAAGCAUCACAAUGACAACAUUUAGCACAAUUGGAGCGUUGUUCAUGACGCCUUUUUGGUUUUGGGUUUUUGCCAGACUAUUUUUAGUUAAUGGUGCGCAAAUUACAAUUCCGGUUGUAAAAGUUAUGAUAUUCCUCGCGGCCAUUACUAUACCAUCUGGUAUUGGAAUAAUUCUACGAUAUCGUAAACCUAAAAUUGCUGACAUAUUGGCUAACCUGCUGAAGCCUAUUCUUAUUUUAAUUAUUAUAGUUAUAGUUGUGCUAAGUAUUUAUACCCAUUAUGACAUUCUUAAAACACUGGAUUGGAGGGUACCUGUUGUUGCUCUGCUUUUUUCAUAUAUAGGUUAUAGCAUUGGUGCUGUAGUAUCUGUUGCAGCUGGCUUAAAAUAUCGCCAAAUCGUUACAGUCAGUUUGGAGACUGGAGUUCAAAACAUGUCUGUCGGCUUAGUAAUGAUUAGUUUCGCUUUGCCACCGUACGAAGCUGAGAAAGCCGGAACUGCAGUUUUAUGUUUUGCAUGCACAUCCAUGCCAUUGGCAAUGAUUGCUGUUUUCUGGAGGAUAAUAUCACAUAGAGAAACUCGACAAAAUUUCAUAAUACAAUCUAGAUUAUAUUGUUUACUUUCUCUUUGCAAGAAGAAAGAAGAGGAAGAUGGUACUAUUACAAGAACUGUUACAGAACAGGAUUGUAAGUUAGAACCGUUGGUUGAAAAGGUAUAA